UACUAGGGAUUUGAAAGUGCACGGGCUGCGGAGUGGAGCUCGCAUCUGUUCCCGCCGCCCGCGAGCGGAUUAAAUUUCUGCAAAUUCAAACUGAAUGGGGCUUUCUUCUGCUGCCUUCCAGAGGGCGCCUGCAGCCCGCCGCGCGCUUCUCUCCGGCGGGAGCGGCCGCCCAGCGCACGGCUAGGAGCGAUCGCGCGAGCCGGACCCAAGCCCGUGCGGGCCAGACGGCGGCGGCGAGGCGGAGGCUGCGGAGGCGCCAGGGCUCCCGGACCCGGGCACCCGGACCCCGGGACCCAGGCGCCGCCGGACCGCGCCCCACCCCGCGCGCCCGAGCAGGGCAACUGUCAUUAGGUUCCUGGACGGGACCCGGGGCGGGAUCCUGGUGUCCUGAAAGGGGCCCGGGCGACCCUCCGAGGAAGAACUUUUGGGGGCGGGGUCCCCGGUCCCGCGUCCCCUGGGCGGCCGCUAUUGUCUGCGCGCCUCGCUUGGCGGCGCGGGGGGCGUGAUCGCGGCGGCCCCGGGCGCUGGGUGCGGAGACCCGGGCGGGGCUGGGCCCAGGGCGGCGGCGGGAGAAGCCGAAGGAGCCGGGGAAGCGGAAGAGCCUGGGGAGGAGGAGCUGCGAGCGCGGGAGCCGAGCAGGAGCCGCGCGGGCCGCGGGCGAGCGCGAUGCCGGCGGCGGCGGGGGACGGGCUCCUGGGGGAGCCGGCGGCGCCUGGGGGCGGCGGCGGCGGCGCGGAGGACGCAGCCAGGCCCGCGGCGGCCUGCGAGGGAAGUUUCCUGCCUGCCUGGGUGAGCGGCGUGCCCCGCGAGCGGCUCCGCGACUUCCAGCACCACAAGCGCGUGGGCAACUACCUCAUCGGCAGCAGGAAGCUGGGCGAGGGCUCCUUCGCCAAGGUGCGCGAGGGGCUGCACGUGCUGACCGGGGAGAAGGUGGCCAUAAAAGUCAUCGAUAAGAAGAGAGCCAAAAAGGACACCUAUGUCACCAAAAACCUGCGGCGAGAGGGUCAGAUCCAGCAGAUGAUCCGCCACCCCAAUAUCACUCAGCUCCUUGAUAUUUUAGAGACGGAAAACAGCUACUACCUGGUCAUGGAGCUGUGCCCUGGGGGCAACCUGAUGCACAAGAUCUACGAGAAGAAGCGGCUGGAGGAGUCCGAAGCCCGCAGAUACAUCCGACAGCUCAUCUCCGCCGUAGAGCACCUGCACCGGGCCGGGGUGGUCCACAGAGACUUGAAGAUAGAGAAUUUGCUACUAGAUGAAGACAAUAAUAUCAAGCUGAUUGACUUUGGUUUGAGCAACUGCGCAGGGAUCCUGGGUUACUCGGAUCCGUUCAGCACACAGUGUGGCAGCCCUGCCUAUGCUGCACCUGAACUGCUCGCCAGGAAGAAAUAUGGCCCCAAAAUCGAUGUCUGGUCCAUAGGUGUGAACAUGUAUGCCAUGUUGACCGGGACGCUGCCUUUCACGGUGGAGCCUUUCAGCCUGAGGGCUUUGUACCAGAAGAUGGUGGACAAAGAAAUGAACCCCCUCCCCACUCAGCUCUCCACAGGUGCCAUCAGUUUCCUGCGCUCUCUCCUGGAACCGGAUCCUGUGAAGAGGCCAAAUAUUCAGCAGGCACUGGCGAAUCGCUGGCUUAAUGAGAAUUACACGGGCAAAGUGCCCUGUAAUGUCACCUAUCCCAACAGGAUUUCUCUGGAAGACCUGAGCCCGAGCGUUGUGCUGCACAUGACCGAGAAGCUGGGUUACAAGAACAGCGACGUGAUCAACACUGUGCUCUCCAACCGCGCCUGCCACAUCCUGGCCAUCUACUUCCUCUUAAACAAGAAACUGGAGCGCUAUUUGUCAGGGAAAUCUGACAUCCAGGACAGCCUCUGCUACAAGACCCGGCUCUACCAGAUAGAAAAGUACAGGGCCCCCAAGGAGUCCUAUGAGGCCUCUCUGGACACCUGGACAAGAGAUCUUGAAUUCCAUGCUGUGCAGGAUAAAAAGCCCAAAGAACAAGAAAAAAGAGGGGAUUUUCUUCAUCGACCAUUCUCCAAGAAGUUGGACAAGAACCUGCCCUCGCACAAACAGCCCUCAGGCUCGCUCAUGACACAGAUUCAGAACACCAAAGCCCUCCUGAAGGACCGGAAGGCCUCCAAGUCCAGCUUCCCUGACAAAGAUUCCUUUGGCUGCCGCAAUAUUUUCCGCAAAACUUCGGAUUCCAAUUGUGUGGCUUCUUCUUCCAUGGAGUUCAUCCCCGUGCCACCGCCCAGGACCCCGAGGAUUGUGAAGAAACCGGAGCCCCAUCAGCCAGGGCCUGGAAGCACUGGCAUCCCCCACAAGGAAGACCCCCUGAUGCUGGACAUGGUGCGCUCCUUCGAGUCUGUGGAUCGCGAUGACCACAUAGAAGUGCUGUCUCCCUCUCAUCACUACAGGAUUCUGAACUCACCGGUCAGCUUGGCUCGCAGAAAUUCCAGCGAGAGGACGCUGUCCCCGGGCCUGCCAUCCGGAAGCAUGUCGCCUCUCCAUACUCCUUUGCAUCCAACUCUGGUCUCUUUUGCUCACGAAGAUAAGAACAGCCCCCCAAAAGAGGAGGGCCUGUGUUCCCCACCUCCGGUUCCCAGCAAUGGCCCCAUGCAGCCUCUGGGGAGCCCGAAUUGUGUGAAAAGCCGAGGCCGGUUCCCCAUGAUGGGCAUCGGACAGAUGUUGAGGAAGCGCCAUCAGAGUCUGCAGCCGUCUGCAGAUAGGCCCCUGGAGGCCAGCCUGCCCCCACUGCAGCCCCUAGCCCCUGUGAACCUUGCCUUUGACAUGGCCGAUGGGGUCAAGACCCAGUGCUAACUUGGGCCAGCGGGAUUUGGGGUAUCUCUAGAAAACAGCAACAGAACAGAGCUCCACACAUCUGUCAGGGUGUGAACAUUCCAAGACCUCGUGUGGAGCAUCCUUAGUCCCACCUGUAGCUGAAUCCACAGACCCAAAGCCUGCACAACCCAACCUCGCUUAGGGACCCCCAGAGAUGCUGGAAUCGCUAGGAGGGUUGGCUCCAGGGGCAGCCAAUUCCUAUCAUUCAGAUCUUCCUUCCUCCCAAGCACUCACCAACCCCUUCCAGUUCCCCCUUCCCCCAGGCUUGGGGGGAAAACAGGGCAUGAGCCUUCUGGGGCACUCAGAUUAUGGACUGUUACCAGAUCUUUCUUCACGCUGUGCUACAUGUGUGCCUCUCACAGCGGUUAGCCACAGUUACAGGGAGAGAACAAUAUCACAGUCAUUCAUCCAGGCCACGUUUCCUCUGCGGAGUGUAGCAGCCCUGCCUUUCAUAGCAGGGAUUACCUGAAGGCCGGCAGGAGCCGGGGGCAGGCCCAGGAUCCUCAGAGGAAGACGGAGAGGAGCUUCGGACCAAGAUCAAACCAAACAGUGGGGACCCCAACAGAAGAGAAAGACUGAAGGAGACACUCUUUUCCCAAGCAAGAUUUUGAUAGAUUUUUGUUGUUGUUGUUGAAACAUGCUAAUGAUUGAAUUAUCUUUUCCAAAGAUAUUUUUUUUAAAUGUGUCGGUAAAUUGAAAUAACAUAAUUUUUUAAAACUUGGAUGGAGAGACGAGAAGCAAUUCCACCAAACUCAUGUUUUCACGAGAGGGUUCAGUGUGGAGAGCAAAAAAGCUGACUGUGGUGAUGUGCUGAGUGCUGUGGCCCACAGGCGGGGCAAGUCUCGGUGGUCCUGUGUUCAUCCUGUUGUUUAAGGCAUAGCCCUGAUCCUUCUGGAAGGCAUAGAACACGGUUACAGCUGGUUCUGUGGAAAGAGAGAAAAGAUGAUUGUGACAAUUCAGAGCAUAAUUCAGAUGGCGAGAAGGCAGCAUUACCUCUGUGCGAUGCUGAUUUCAAGCUGCCCGCAGAACUAGUGCGGCUCAGAGCUCAGCGAGUUUGCUGAGAGCUGGGAGCAGGCUUGCCUGGCAGAGAACCUGUUCAGAUACAGGCCAGUUUCUUCUUCGAGGAAAGCCGAGCUCCUCAAACAGGGUUCAGUCCACGUUGUGUUUUCACACCUUUCUCCAAGGAUCGAACCAAAGAUGUGUCUCCAGUAUUGUGUCUGUGCCCCCCGUGUGUGUUUUGUGGACCCCCGUGUUGUCUGACUGUAUCCAGCUGGCACUUGACAGGGUGCAAUCAUUGGUGAGAAGAAUCAGAAAAAGAAGACUCAUCAGCACAGGUUGGAUAGGGGUUAGUGUAGGAGACUGGUAACAGAAUGGCCUGGAGUCUUCAACUUUUGAUCGGUGCAGGUGUGACCAGAGACUACCUCUGUGGCCACCUCAGAUAGUCAUCUCAGUCCAUGGAUCCCAAAACACAAAUCUAGAAUUGCAAAGCCAGCCUUUAUUUCCCUGGCAGGCAGCCUUGCCAGAGGGCAGAGAGGCAGUUCUGGAUCAUUCUCUCAUUCACCAGUGGUGACAUCCUUCAGUCCGUCACAUCUCUGACAGAGCAGGAGAGAAUGGAUAUUUGGCUGACCUUGGUGAGACGUGGAGCUGCCUCUUUCUUCCCUAGGGGAUCACCACGGCUCUAGGGCAUUCUAGGAUGAGGUCAGACCCCUUGGCCAUUGGUGUUAUUUUUUGUAUAGCUUCAGACUGGGUUCCAGAACUUACCAUUGAAAACAGAGCUUUUAGGCCAGGUGUGGUGGCUCACGCCUGUAAUCCCAGCACUUUGGGAGGCCGAGGCAGGUGGAUCGCUUGAGCUCAGGAGUUCGAGAGCAGCCUGGGCAACAUGGCGAAAGCCUGUCUCUACCAAAAAAUACAAAAAAAAAUAGCUGAGUGUGGUGGCACGUGCCUGUAGUCCCAGCUACUUCGGGGACUGAGGUGGGAGGAUCAGUUGAACCUAGGAGGUUGAGGCUGCAGUGAGCCAAGAUCAUGCUACUGCACUCCAGCCUAGGUGGCAAAGUGAGACCCUGUCUCCAAAAAAAAGAAAAUAGAGCUUUAUAAGCAGAGAGAAGAAAAUAAUCAUCUAAGACCGUCUCUCCAUUUGACAUGAAGUGUACCUUUUCUAAAGACGGUUUCCAGCUGCGACGGCUCCACUUUGCAGGCUUGCAGGGUGUAUACCUGUGCAUUGGGAACUUUCUGGAGCCCCUGAUGCCUUUUCCUUGAGAGCAGGAGUACUUCCACCUUGCCGUUAGCUCAUGGAGAACGUGCUUCUCAUUCCUGGCAUGCUUCAAGAACAACUCAGAUGUGCCGCUAACUGACCGUGUUGCCAUUGGUGACCUGGACUCUGAACUCAGGUUUAUUCUAAACCCAGUGAGAGGUGAGGGGGAGUGAGGAAAGGGGAUCAACUGUAUUUUUGUGUGUGUGUGUGUGUGUGUGUGUGUGUGUGAGCACCUGACAAAUCUAUGAAACUGAGUGAAAGGAGAAAUGUUAGAUUCUUUAUUAUUUUAUUAUAUUUAUAUGGAAAGCUUGACUCUCCCUUUGGUAAGUCCGAAGCAUGUUGUCUGUUCGACCGUGACUGUCUUCCUCAGUCUGUGCCUGUGAUUCCAGUCACCCUGUAGUUGCUGACAGAAAUUUACUGGACUGUCUUUGUGUGAAGUCCAGGAGGAAAUGUCCAUUUUAAUUGUAUGAUUUGGUUAUAAGUAAGGACUAUAUUUAUGUCACCAUUAUUAGAUAUAUGUACUUUUGUAAUGACUGUGAAAUACACUUUUCCCUCACUAUGACUGCUUCUUUAUUUGCUAAUAAAUCUUAAAACAUCUAAGUACAUUGCAAAUAAUAGUACAGGUACCAUCUUUUAUGUGAAGUUCUUUUUUUUUUUUUUUUUUUUGAGACAGGGUCUUGCUCUGUCACCCGGCUGGAGUGCAGUGGCACAAUCACAGUUCACUGCAGCCUCAACCUCUCCAGAUUCAAGCGAUCCUCCCAUCUCAGCCUCCCAAGUAGCUGGUACUACAGUUGCACACCACAAUGCCUAGCUAAUUUUUUUUGUAUUUUGUAGAAACAGUGUUUCGCCAUGUUGCUCAGGCUGAUCUCAAACUCCUGGGCUCCAGCGAUCUGCCCACCUUGGCCUCCCAAAGUGCUGAGAUUACAGGCGUGAGCCACUGCACCUGGCCUUAUGUAAAGCUCUUGACCUAGCAUCUGACUGGAAAUAAGUGGGAAUUGCAUUGGGGGGCAUUUUCUGGGCCAGUUUCCCUGCCUUAUUUUACCUGCAACAGGUGUGCCUACAAAAGUCUUUCUGACAUACACACUGCAGGUGGCAGUUCAAGAAGAAUCAACCUUUUUCAUUUGGGGAGAUUAGGAUCUUCCUUGGAGACUCUGAAAAUGGCACAUGAAGAAUGACAGUUAUGAACAUGACUUCCAGAUUUUGUCCUUGUAGGAGGCCUUGGUUGUGGAGAGGGGAAGAGGGAUGAUGGGAUGGAAUGGGAGGGUGGGAUCUAGAUGACCUCUUGAAAUCGUCCCAGUUACUGCUUCCUUCAUAACUGUUCACAAAACGUUUUUCAUAUAUACCACCUUGCUUUAACCCUUGUUUCCCCUGGAAAGUGAGGGGACGAAGCCUUAGAGGGUCAGAUAGCUAGAAAGUGGAGAAGCUCACUGUUCACUGCACAAAGCCCUCAGUAGUCGGAUUCCGGGGGAAAAGAACAAGUAUCUAGUUUUGAUGACAGUGUUUUCUUGUAAGAAUCACAACACUUUAGAAUCAAAAAGGACCUAAGAUUCUCUGGCUCAGCCCCAGCCUUUCUGAAGAAGGGAAAACUAGGGCCCCAGAUGGUUUAAGGACACCCCAGAGUCCCCAGAUGAGCUGGCAUUUGAGCUGUUCUGGAGCAGAGUUUCUCCCUCAAAGAACACAGAGAAAUCAGAGAGUGGCUGCCACGGUCAGAGGGGGAUGUCAACAACAGAUCAAGCUGUCAUUGCAACAGGUAUUUUUGAAGUUCCUGCAGGGACUAGGUCUUGCAUUUUUAAGUCCUUUUCAAAACUGUGCAGCUUCCUGAACCUUAUGCUGUUUGUCCCAUCCACUCUUGAAGCUGGAGAAAGACAGCUUUCUUUGGGAACUCUGUCUGUCAGUUGACUUCCCAAGUAAGCAGCAAACCCCUGGAUAGCCUUGUUAUCUGCUUUAGGUAUUAAGAGGCUAUUGGGUUUUACUAGAUUAAAUCAAUAAAACAUUUCCUGUAGAGCCGUAUCAUACACUGAAGCAAAUUGAGAAAGAAUGCAAAACUGCUAUCUUUUAGGGGGAGUCUGGAAGCCUGUUGGUUAUUGUAUUUAUUUUCUUUGUAGGGUCUUCUGUGAGCUACAAGCACAGUAAGAAUAAUUCAGAGUGGUACUGGGAGUUGGUUCAAUUUCAUGUCAUCACUUUUCAAUGAAGGAAGUGUAUUUCCUGAGUAGUAAAUGAGUAUAUUAUUUGUGGCAGCUUUUCUGUCAAGGGAGCUUUCCAGACAUCUGGUUGCAAAGACAAAUGGGGUAUAUAUUUGUACUUCUUCUCUGUGGACAUGUUUUUGUGACACACAGUUAUCUCUAGGAGUUGAUGUCUGUGGGCACUAAGGGACUGGGGUUGGGGGAGAAAGCUGAGGAGGCUUUGGAAGAGAAGGUGAGGAACAUUUCAGGAUUUGCAGUCCCCCUCCACAGGUAUCCACAUCUGAGCUGGUGGUGUUCCAAUAAUGAGGCAUUUGGGGCAACCAAUUUUGGAAGGAUAGAAUAGCUUUAUGUGGAGCAAACUUGAGGAUCAGUUGGAGUUGAGUGGUUUAAAACUUAAAGAUGGCACAGGAAGCUGCAUCAUUUACAGGUGAAAAAAAUAAACCGGUCUGACUUCAGGGCCUCAGCUCUUUGUAUUUCCUACUUGGAAG